AUGCUGCUGCACACGGCUGCCAGCUUCCUGGCCCUGACCCUCACCAGCGUCCUCGCCGCCAGGUCUCGUCCUGCUCGUGAACCCUCCCGUCCUGCUCGCGACCCCCCCCGUCCUGCUCGCGACCCCAAGAGCGGUUGGGAGACCAGAUACACAGCCACGGACCCUGCGUCUGUUGCCAAGAAUGCCGCCCAAGCAAAGACGAGCAGUCCCACUAGCUAUGUCAAGGGCAGGGCGUUUGACCGCCUGGCCAUCAUCUACUUUGAGAAUCAGAACUAUGACAAGUCCUUUGGCGACCCAAACUUCAGCUGGUUCACCAAGAAGGGCAUUACCCUCUCCAACUACUUCGCCGUCACCCACCCUUCUCAGCCCAACUACAUGGCCUCCAUUGCCGGCGAUUACUUUGGCAUGGAGAAUGACUCUUUUGAGCGCGCGCCUCUCAACAUCGCGACCGUGAUGAACUUGCUCGACUACAGGGGUAUCUCUUGGGGUCUUUACCAGGAGGACAUGCCUUACUCUGGCUUUGAGGGUGUGGCAUACAAGAACCAGAAGAACGGCGCCAACGACUACGUUCGCAAGCACAACCCCGCCGUCAUGCACGAUAGCAUCACCCACUACGAGCAGAAGCUGUCCCAGAUCAAGAAUCUGUCCAUGAUCCAUCCGUCCCGCUCCAUGUUCCACCGGGAUCUCCGAGACAACAGGUUGCCUCAGUGGAUGUUCAUCACCCCCAACAUGACCUCGGACGGCCACGACACCUCCGUCACCACUGCCGGUGUUUGGUGCCGCAAGUUCCUCGAGCCCCUUCUUACCAACAGGAAGUUUAUGCAAAACACCCUGGUGCUCAUCACCUGGGACGAGAACGAAAAGUACGCCGCUCGCAACAGAGUCUUGGGCAUCCUCCUCGGUGAUGCUGUGCCGGCGCAUCUCGUCGGCACCGAGGACAGCAACUUUUACAACCACUACUCCCAGAUUGCCACCGUGUCUGCCAACUGGGACCUUCCCACGCUGGGUCGCUGGGACGUCGGGGCCAACGUGUUCAAACUGGUCGCUGACAGGACAGGUGACGUGAUUCGCAGGUGGACCUCGCCGCAACAACUCCAGGGCAUGUACUGGAACUGGUCGUACGCUGGUGCCUUGAACGAACAGGGCGGCAAGCAUGCCUGGCCAAAGCCCAAUCUCAACCUUGACCGGGGUUUCAACCGCCGCCCUAUUCUGCAGGCUGUCAAGGAAGCCUUUUGGUACAGCAAAGCUCCUACUUACUACAAGGACACCGUCGAAGUACCCGAUGGUCUUCACCCUCCCAGGGGCUUUGAGCCUCCCGAAGAGGAUUGA